GACCUUACUCGACCAACCAUCAUUCUGUCGAAGAUGGCGGACCGUGGAGUCGGAAGUGAUCUGUUGUCAGAGAUACAGAAUACUUUCAACAGUACGAAAAAUCUGUUAGUUCAGAACGUUGGAACUCAAUAUGAUCCUCUUGAAGUGUGCCUGGAUAGAAAAGUCGCAGAGACAGUGAACCACGUUUACAAACACAAGGUUAAUGAAGUUAAACCCAUUACAAACCAAAAAGCAUCUGGAAGGUGUUGGAUUUUUGCAUUUUUGAAUGCUAUUCGUCAGAAGUUUGUCCAGCAUUUCAACUUGGAAGACUUUGAAUUUAGCCAGCAGUUUCUCUACUUCUGGGACAGAAUUGAAAGGGCAUAUUUUUUCAUAAAUACUUAUGAAGAACUUGCAAGGAAAGGAGAAGCACCAGAUGGACGUUUAAUGAUGUUUCUUCUGUCCAAUCCAUUGAAUGAUGGUGGCCAAUGGGACAUGCUUAUUAACCUUGUGGAAAAAUAUGGCUUGGUACCCAAGGCAGUUUGGCCUGAAGCAUUCACUUCUGGAAGGUCAAUGAGAUUGAGAAAGAUUAUGAAUUAUAAGCUACGAGAAUAUGCUAUGCAGCUGAAGGAACUAGUGGACAAGAAAUGCAGUGACAAGGACAUGAGAGAAGCAAAGAAGAAGAUGAUGACUGAGGUAUACAGAAUAACAAGCAUUUGUCUUGGCACUCCACCCAAAUCAUUUGACUGGGAAUAUUCUGACAAAAGUAAACAAUAUUGCAAGUUGUCAGAUUUAACUCCACUGCAGUUCUACAAUGAACAUGUCAAACCAGUUUACAACCCACUAGACAAGAUAUGCCUGGUGAAUGACCCACGCAAUCCUUACAACAAACUGCUCACUGUGGAGUACCUCAGUAACAUGGUCAAUGGAAGACUCGUUUUGUACAAUAAUCAACCAGUAGAAGUUCUCAAGAAGCUUGCAGCAGCAUCUCUUAAAGACAAUGAGGCAGUUUGGUUUGGUUGUGAUGUUGGCCAACACUUUGAAAGGAAAAGAGGAGCACUUCAUCUUGACAUUCAUAACUAUGAACUGGUAUUUGGAGUAUCCAUGUUGACCUUGGACAAAGCUCAACGACUGCUGUAUGGUGACUCACUAAUGACUCAUGCAAUGGUGUUCACUGGAUUUUCCUGGGAGGAAGACGCAACACCAAGUAAAACUAUUGGUGACACUGACACUCCAAAGCCAGCGGAGGACAACGCCAUACAGCCGGAAGUCAAGACCACCAAAUGGCGUGUGGAGAAUUCCUGGGGCGAGGAGAAGGACAAGCCAGGUUACCUGAUGAUGACGGACAGCUGGUUCACAGAAUUUGUUUAUGAAGUUGUUGUGGACAAGAAAUAUGUCCCUGCUGAUGUAAUGGCCGUCCUGGAGCAGGAACCAAAAGUGCUACCAGCCUGGGACCCCAUGGGGUCACUGGCGUGUAUUUUGUGCGAGAAAGGGGACCAUCAAGCCCAGUUGUGAUCUAUUAGUAUUUUGAAAUAUUAUAAUUCCUAUUUUUAUGUAGCCUAAAAUAAAAGGGGGCAAUGGUUUUUUUUAUUCUUAAGGGUGUUCUACGAGUUUUCAAUUUGUAUCAACUAGUACUUAUAUAUUCGCAAGCACCUGAGAGCACGAAUGUUGUCAUAUCAGCAUAAUAGUACAAAAAAGUGAAAAUCACUGAACGUACCAGAAUUCAAUCAAUAUUUUUCAAAUUUGAAUUGGGACGAGAAAAGGAUCAAAACAGCUUUUUGAUCCCUGUUUCAAUGAAGAACAGUGUUGUGCGUGACAUUUCGCGUGACGUUUUGUUGAUUUUACUAGUUUAAUAUUACACUUUCCAUCAAACAUGAUUACAUUGAUUGACAUUGCAAUUUGAGUAGCUUGAUGUAGGAAUCGUUUUCAGUAGUUUUUUACACGUAUCGGAAUGGAUAGCUUCCAGUUUUAAAGGUUUUUUGCAGUCUAAUUGGACUCUGGAAUCCCGUCACGAAGUGAGUCAGUUUAAGUUGUUUUUUUUCUGUUUUCUAAGGCUUUGUUUCUUUAAGUUGUUUCCUUUGAUUUCUGGUAGUGUAAUUUCGGUAAUCGACCGCAUGUGAUUAACAAUUGUGUAAUACAGCGUGGUUUACUCAGUGAAAUCUGUUCGCGUUUCUUGGUUUAUACGAUGUAUUAAGGCCCUUUAUUUUUGGUUAGUUGCUAUUGUUUAAGUGUAUAAUUUGUUGUGUUUAUUUCAGAUCGAAUAAAAAUUUUAUUUAUACGAUUCACGGGAAAUCAGAGUCAAGGGUAUUUUUGGCAGUUUUCGUCCGACGGACCAAUCCCUUGUCUGGAAAGUACGCUUAGACUGUCAUAUACACCUGUGACCCUUUUUGCUUAUUUAUUUUGUUUUUAAUUUUGUGCAGAUCAAUUAAAUGAAAAAUAGUGUGAUU